AUGAAGUGGAGCGCCUACUCGCUGAUCGAACGCAGCGCGGACGCAAGGAGUAUCUCGUUCGCUGGAAAGGUUUCUCCUCUGCUGAUGACACAUGGGAACCAGUGGAACAUCUCGUUCGCACUCGAGCGCUUCGCAACUUGGUUCAACGCUACGACAGGGCCAAACAGCGUGAGCGACGUCCGGUGCGAGUUUGCGGGAGCGUAUCAGAGCAAAGAAAGCGAAGUUUUCUGA